UUGCUGACAGCGUGCGGGAAUCAUGGCGGCGUCCAAGGGAGCAGAGCUGGUGCUGAAAUCAGUGAAAACCAUCGCUGUCCGCUUGUGUCCCUUCGAAUCCAAUGUGAAGUCCACCAGAGAAUUUUUAGAAAUCAUUAACUCCAAGAAAAUCCGUACCACUAAUAUUAAUUGUGAAAUAAGUGUAGAUGUGAGACAUGACAAGUCUGAGCCAUUAGUAGACGUACACUUCGUUGAUGGUGAAAGACUGCUGAUUAAAUCGGCCCAUGUGACCUCUAAGGAAAUGCUUUUGAAACUGGGUGCUCUCUGUUCUGCGAAAGACAUGAUCCAGACCAAGGACACUGCCAAGAAAUAGAUUGCCACCAUUCGUCUGUCCAGACCCAGGAAACACAUGUGACUCCAAGCGACCAUCAAGUUCUAUUUAUUAUUGUUACUGUCCAGGGUUUCAUGUCAUAAUUGCAGGUCUGGUUCUAG